AGAAGGGAGGGAUCACGUGCCUUGAAAGCAGGCGUGAAAUUAAACAAGGCGGAGCGCGUCGAGAAUUCUACCGAUCGUCGUAGCCAAGGAAGGGCUCCCUUUCUUCACCUCCACCGGAGUUGGAAAUCGGAAUGGCAACAAGAAUCGUGGGGCGAGGGAGUCCUGGACUUGGCAAGAAGUGCUUACAUGAAGGUUAGAGCGGUCGGGCUUUGCUCUGAUGGAACAGGCAGGGUGGUUCCGUAACGGGUCCUUCCGGGAGGAAUCCUAUGUUUUAUCUGAGGUGUACUUUCCGACAGGAAUCCUGUAUUCUUCGGAGCUCGGCCACAGGUAGCAGGUGGAGUUACCCUGAAAAAAGUCUGUGCGCACGUGAGCGCUUACCGACGUCUUUUGCCUGCGCGAAUCCUUUGCAACAUUCAGCGUUCGGCAGCUCGCUUUCACCAGAGUUCUUCAGAGUUGAAGAUUCCUCGGCCUGAUCCGAAAGCAGGUGUCUCUGUCCACCUCCUCUCACGCUCCUCUUCGACGCGGAUCGUGGUCAGGGCAACGUCCUGUUACUGUUGCUACCGGCGCUGAAGCAUGGACAAACGGGCAGGAAGGAGAGCGAGAGCCCGCGAGAUGGAGGAUACGCUCUGUUGCUGCGAGUAUCUCGAUCGGAAGGGCCAAAGGAGCCACCUGGCGGCGUGUGUCUGCGAAUGCGAGGACCUCGACGAGUGCUGUGAAAGGUGGAUGACUUGCAAAUCUUUACCCCCUGGGAUAUUAGAGAGAAUUGCAGACACCUUCAUGGAUCGCUUCCGUUUCCCAUGGAUUAGGGGGGCUGUAAAGAUCGAUACCAGCCUCCUUCCGCCAGUCAUCCUGCUUCCUUUCUUCCUUCACGUAGCAGCUUUGCACUUCCUUUUGGCCCUCGUCAUCCUGUUAACACUUCCUAUACUAGUACUAUGGUAUUACUACCUCACACACAGGAAGAAGGGUCAGACCCUCUUUUUCUUAAGCCUGGGGCUGUUUUCCCUAGGUUACAUGUACUAUGUGUUUCUCCAGGAAGUGGUUCCCCGGGGCCAUGUGGAGUACAGUCAGGUGGCUCUUCUUACUUGUGGCUUAAUCCUGAUGCUUGUAGCCCUACGUCGAGCCAAGGAAGACCCUGGAUACCUUCUCUGCCAAAUGAGCAGAAAUAAAGCACUUUGCCAAGGCAGCCACAGUAAUAACAUGUUCAGCAAGAACGGCCUGGGGAACCCCAGUGGGCUUUGCAGAGUACCUGCCUCUGGUGUUGCUGUAGACAGUAACGCUGAGAGCCACUCCAGAACUUUGGAAGCAGGGACAGGUCAGGGCAUAGAGGACUGGUGCACCAAGUGUCAGUUGGUUAGACCAGCUCGAGCUGGGCACUGCCGAAUAUGUGGCAGGUGUGUGAAGAGACUGGAUCAUCACUGUGUCUGGAUUAACAACUGUGUCGGAGAACAGAACCAUCAAGCUUUUGUCCUCGCGCUCUUCCUUUUUCUGCUCACUUCAGUGUAUGGAAUUUCUUUGACAUUGGAUACCAUCUGCAAGGGAAAAACCACCCUCCAUGCUCUGUUCUACUGUCCUGGUGUCUAUGGAGAAUACGGUUCAGCCCUGACAUUCACCUGCGUAUGGUACUGUGCCAUUGUAACUUCUGGUAUGGGCUACAUCCUUCUUCUUCAGCUCUUGAACAUCAGCUAUAAUGUGACUGAGAGAGAGGCUCGAAUUGCAUUACGGGAGAAUACUGGACGGAGGUUGUUAUGCGGUAUGGUGGUUGACACAGGCCAGUAUAAUCGAGGGUUUUUGUACAAUUGGAUCCAGUUUUUGACCUUCCAUUCAUCUGAACUGCAGCAGUCAACUGAAGAUGUUGUAUGAAGGUGUUUUUAAUUACUAACUUUAUCAUAUGUAUCUAUAAGGCAUUCUGGGCAAACAGCUCUCAUCUGCUGCAAAUGAAGAAUGGAGUUUGAAGAUUCUUUUAAGCCAUAAUGCAAGCUGGAACACCAGUUUCUCAAAAAACAUGCAUAUACCAAACAUUUAGUAGGAAGACCUGGGUAUGACUGUGAUUGCUUAUAUUCUUCACUUGAUACCUGUUAGUGUCAAGUGAGGAAAUGUAUGUAAUGAAAUAUAAAACAACCAUCACAAGUGAAAGAAGUGGAGGCCUCCCUGUUGUUUGAUAUGACCUUGGAGUUUGGCAUUUCUUUGGAGGCAGUGCAUACAUUCUGCUCUUGGGUCAUUCUGUGAGAUAUAUGAAUCGGGUGUUAGAAUUAUAUGCUGGAAGUCAUAGGUUGAGGGAGGCAUAGUCUCACAGUUCCAACAGAAUGAGUUGCCUUUAAUUCAUUGUUUCUCUAAACACCCCUACAUCUCCCAGGGAAGAUUCAAGAAACUUGACUCUAAAGAUUCAGAAGAUGAGCAUUUACUGUAUGUCAAGCCAAAGGUAUUUAACUUUGAGCAGAAGAGUUUCACAUUACAACUUUCCAAUCUGCUAUGCCAAAUAUGAAUUGUGGAGGGGAGGGUUGAUUCUAGGAGGGAUCCUCAUACACCAUUUUCUAGUUCUGAUUUUUAUGUUUGGGAUUUGUGUCUCCUUUGGAUUCAUGCCCUGAAUUUAGCAGGCUGCAUACUUAAUUUCAUGCAUUUGUCUGACUAAAAGAUAGCUAUUACUGGAUAGUGGAGAAGAAGGUUAAGUGUUGCUUAAUCAUUAUAUAUUACAGCAAAAACACUUGAUUUUUAAAAAUUUUUAUUGUUGCAAGUUCUUUGUAAUGGACAUGAUGAAUUAAAAAGGGAACUCUUCUCACUUUCAUGCUUUUACCAAAAAAGAAAGAACUCUACAACAUUGUGCUCCUUAAUAUCUUCGUAUUAGAAGAACUGAAAUACAUAAGUGCCUAUAGGAUGGGCUUUUUUUUAAUGCUGUGAUUUGCAUGGCUGGGUGGUUUAGUAUUUUUUUUAUCAUUACCUUCUUACUUAGAGAAUAUGAUUGCUUUUAAUUAAUAUACUUAUUCCUCACCUCAAAGAUAGCUCAUAAUGAACAACGUAAGAUGAAUAUUACAAAAGCUAUUUCUCCAUUUAAAUUUAUAAACUGCCCAGAGUCGCUGAGAGUCGGGUGGCAUAUAAAUAAAUAAACAUUAAGUAGUUAGUAAAAGCAACCCCUUAAAACACUUGAAUUCAAAAUCAUAUAAAAUCAGCAACUACUUUAGGUUGAAAAAGAAUACUGCAAAUUGCACAUGAUUAAAAUCACAGCUGAUUAUGGAUCAUCGGCUUAAAUUUAGGUUCUUUGAUGGUCUUAUAAAAAUUCAUCGAACUGAUAGUUUUAAACAUUUUAAAAGAUGCAAGUGUGAUUUGUAUAAACUAUAGUGCAAUCAAGUUGUAGAAAAGAAAGCUGCAGUUAUAUUGAAAAAAAAUAGUUGCUUGGGGGACUGGGGAGUGUAGAAAAUGCACAUCCAUUUCUUUUGUCUGGUGUAGAGAUGAGCAGGUGCUAGAUUAUUUUUUGUAAUAGAUCUGGCAUUUGCUAAAAUUUGCUAUGAUUCUAAUACAUAUGUAGCAACAGUGACAUUCCAAAGAAGAUGAUAUUAACUCAGCUUUGAUAGGAUUAUGUACAUGCUAAAGUCCAACAGUAGAAAUUUAUGGGGGCAGGGUUUAAAAUAGAAAAUAUUCUUAAGUAACUUUAUCAUGGCUACAAUUGUAGGGCGUAAUUCAUUUGCUGUUGUCAAGGAAGUUUUCUCCUAAUGAAAAAUUGUGUACUUUUGCUCUGAGCUUACCCUAUGUAAACGCUACAUAGCACAAUUUUCAAGUUGAAACAAAUCUGUGUUUCAUCUGCAUUCUCUGCUUUGGCACACUGCUGGUAUGUGAAAGAUCAGUAGGACAGCAUUCCAUCUACAGCAACUGCUACUUCUGGAGCUUAGUGCUAAUGGACAGCUCACUUGCUUCUUUUAUUCUUUUGAAAAGAAUCUGAUUUUAAAACUCCAGGAUUUUUAAAAUUCUGUCUGUUAGAAUAUUUAGGAAGAAAUCUUCUAGUCCUCAGCAAAUGUGCAGUGCUACAUAGAAUAGCUGUAUAUCUUGAUGAUAAGUCUGUACAAACUGGCAAUUAAACAGGAAAGUUUUUCUUUCUGUGGUAAUGAUACGUACUCAAGACAAAAUUCAAGUGAACAUUCCUGGGACAGACUAAGGGCUGGGAAGUUGAGUAUAGUAUCUUUCUGGGAAAAUAUGGUAAUCUUCUGAGUAACUAGCUAGUAGCUAGAAUUAAACUCCUCAAUUUUUAACAAUACAUUUAAUUCCCAGGUUCUCUUUUUAAUAUUCAUUUGACAUGGUAAACUAUACAACAUGUUUAACUAUAACAAUUGAAAAACUGUGUUCUAGAUAGUGUAGAUAGUGCAGCUAUAACUGAAGAAAUUAUACAGGUUUGGGGGGGGGGGGUUCCUCUGUGAAUGCACUAAAAUGAUAAAUUUUGCCUCCAUGUCCUCUCCCUCAUAAACCACAAAGAGGCUGACAAAAUAUUCUUGUCUUCUGCUAUCAGGACCCAAUGUGGAAAGGCUGGACAUUGAAGAUAAGUAUCUUGUAAUAUGAAGGAAUGUUGCAAGGAACAAUGGAAUGCAUUAAAAAUCCAUAUUCACCAACUUUUUAGUUUUCCUCAGGAAAGUUGAAAGGAUUACCUCCUGAAUGUCAGAAACAUAAAGCACAUUUUUUUGAAGGAAGUGUUGCCAUGUAAAGGAAGUUCAAUGUACUGUAGCUACAAUUAGGCUGAAAGAGACUUCUAAAGCACCCGUUGGGUAUGGCAGUGAAGUAGAAUAUAAUACUACCUAGCCUUUUGUAUGGAAUGGAAUUCUGAAAAUCUGAAACACGUUAUUGUAUAAUAGCCUUUUCUAUAUUAAAUCUCUUCUGUGUUACUCAGUGAAUUCCAGUGCAGAUGUUAUGGUGGAUUUUUAAGGCACAGACUUCCUGGGUUGCUUUGCUGGUCAAGAUCAAAUGCCAGUAAUAUGAAAGCCUUGCUGUGACCCCAUUGAGCUGCACAGGGCUAAAAAUAACCUACAGCUACUUUGCAGUUAUGCCAUUAUCUUGCCACCUAUCUUGGCAUUUAACCAUUUAACCACUUCUUUAAAAUGGCUUAAGUAAUAUAUAUCAUAUCUCAGUGGAUCAACAGCAUUACACACACACACACAUUAUUUUUAUGGUGCUUUUUUCUUUUAUACUAAAUUAUUUUCAAGUGUCUUAAAAAUAAUUUGUGGUGGGAGUGUUUUCUAGAGCAAGUAAUAACUGCCUAACAGUCUAAUGUCUUAAACAUUCUCUGAUUUUAAUCAAGUUAUGAAUGUAUUUUGCCCUUGUAGGGUAGAAUCAACAUGUUUUUUUCCCCCUUAUAUCAUAAGUAACUGUCUUUUCCCAAAAUCUUUCUUCCAUCUCAAUGUUCAUUAAAGAACUUUAAGAAAACAGGACAUUUGCCUUCUCAUUGGUUUACAGUUCUUAGAUUUUUUGACAGUUGGAUAUGUGAUGUAUUUUACAAAAAUACUUGCAUCUGAAAUAUUUGGGUACUUAAUUUUGAAAUGCUUUAUCUGUACAUUUGAUUGCAUAGUAUAGUAGUAUUUAUUUUUAUAAGCUUAAUGUUUGAUAUAAGUUAAUACAAAGUUAAAUGUUU